AUGCAAGCCGCGAGCCGCCUUCUAGUUUCGCGUCUCCCGCGCCACUCAACGGCCCUCACGCGGCAUCUCUCGACCUCGCGCGGUGUGCGCCGCCCGCCCGCCGCGACGAAUCCGGGCGUCACCGCCGCCCAAUUCCGCGCGCUCUUCGACACCUCGCCCGCGUCCACGGCGCGCGGGCGCGCGCGUCCGCGCCACUUCCGCUGGGACUGGCACCUGCGCAACUUCCUGAUGGCCCUGAUCCCGCCGGCCGUGCUGCUGCUCUUCCUCAGGGUCGCGACGUACCAGUUUGGCGGCGACCACGCUAUCUACGACAAGAUCUUCGACCCGGCCCCCGGGAGCCCGGCCGCACACACGCCCGCACCCGCCUCCUCGCAGGAGGGCCUGGCCCACGCCGCACUUCAAGGCCGCCACAUAGAGGAGCGCCUCGCCCAUCUGGAGAGGCAGCUAGGCGGUCUGCAGAGCCGUGCCCCGCCCGCCACAGAUCAUAGUAUUCUGAUCGAAGGGAACGCAGACGCCGGCCCCGCCGCGGACGUGCGCGCCGAUCGGGUUGCCAGAGCAAGAGAUCUCGCUAGGGCGAUGUCCCGAGAUUCGCCGUCGUGA